AGCAGUCAUACAACACCUACAUGCAUCCAUCGAUUCCCAAUCACGUUAUUCCUCGCAGUACCCUUCAAAAGCCCUGACUUUAUCCGGACUCAAACUAUCCGAUCGUACAACCCAUCGCAACAUACCACCACCACCACCUUGUUAGAUCAUACGAUCCCGUCACUAAUACUACUAUAACCCCUCACCACCCCAACCAAACUAUUACCACUACUAGCUUACAACUACAACUACACCUACACCUACAACCUCUACACAUCCAUCCUCAACCAUCCAAAAACAUCAAAAAUGACCCCCCAAACCAUAAUAAUCGGCACCGGCCUGGCGGGCCUAACCACGACCAGCACGCUCUUAACGCACCACAUCCCAGUGCUCCUCCUCGACCGGGCGCCCAAACCCGGCGGUAACAGCAUCAAAGCCUCGUCAGGGAUCAACGCCGCACCGACACGAUACCAACCCGACCCGGAUUCCAUCACCACAUUCCAACACGAUACCAUCCUCUCCGCAGGAAUGCCGUAUACCUCCGCUGAAGGGGUAGAGCGCACCCGACGCGAGAAACUCAUCAACACCCUUACAACCAAGUCCGCGGACGCGCUAUACUGGCUUACGGAUGACAUCGGGGUCGAUCUGAGUCGGGUCACUCGACUCGGGGGACAUAGUGUAUCGCGGACGCAUCGGGGAAGUGGGAAGGGGACACCGGGGUAUGAUAUCAUCAAAGGGUUAUUGGGACGGGUGUCGGAGGAUAAGAAUUGUCGGAUGGAGGUGGGGAGACGGGUCACUAGGAUUCUACGAGAAGAGGGGGGAGGAGGACGGGUAGUUGGGGUGGAGUAUACUGUCCAGGAUAAUGAGGAAAGGGGCAAUCAGACAAAAACAGAGACAGCGUACGGACCUGUCGUUGUCGCGAGUGGAGGGUUCGCAGGCGAUGCGAGAGGGUUGUUAGCGCAGUAUCGGCCCGAUCUGGAGGGGAUACCGUCGACGAAUGAGCAGCGCGAGGGGACGCAGCCUCUACUGCAGGAUGUUGGGGCGGCCGUGGUGGAUAUGGAGCAGGUGCAGGUGCAUCCGACGGGGUUUGUGGGAGGGAAGGAAGAUGAGGCGGAGGCGAUGGUGAAGAUAUUGGCGGCGGAGGCGUUGAGGGGGGAGGGGGGUAUACUUGUGCUUGGGGAUGGGAGGAGGUUUGUGAAUGAGUUGGAGACGAGGGAGAAGGUGACAGGGGAAGUGAUGGGGCGGGCGGAGAGGUUGCCGACCAAGGCGAGGCAGUGGGAUGUGAAGCUGGUGCUGGAUGAGGGGGCUGCUGCGGCGUUGCAGUCGCAUUUGGGAUUUUAUAUGUGGAAGGGAUUGGUUAAGAAGACGACGGUUGGGGAGUUGGGGGAGAUGUCGGCGCUGGAGGAGACGCUGAGGGAGUAUGCGGAUGUGGUCGCUGGGAAGAGGCAGGAUGAGUUUGGGCGUCAGUCGUUUGGAAAUUGGACGCUGAGGGAGGUCAAGCCGGAGUCGGUGGUGUAUGUGGGAAAGGUUACCCCGGUUGUUCACUUUACCAUGGGAGGCGUGGUGAUCAACGAGCGCAGCCAGGUGUUGGACGGUCUGGGGCAGCCGAUUCCCGGACUCUGGGCGGCGGGCGAGAUUACCGGGGGUCUCCAUGGCCAGAAUCGGUUGGGGGGAUCGUCGCUGUUGGAGUGCGCGGUCUUCGGUCGCAUUGCCGGAGAGGAAGCGGCGGCUUAUUAUCAGGGACUGAAGGAGACAUGUUCCUGAGCAUAUACUUGAUGGGAGAGACUGGUGGUUGUGAUAAUUUACGGGUUGAUUGUGAUAUUAUGUAUUAUGCAUGCUACAGUGUAUUUUGUUGAAUAAGCUACCAUUGCAGCUAUCUGGUCGAAAUUUACUGCUUGUUUGAUCUUGGGUAUAAAGUUCUGGGGAACAGCGAGG